AUGCGGUCGUCGUCGAGCCGCACGAAUGGAGGAGCAGCCGGUAUGGGCUUCACGUCGCCGCGCGACGCCGACGCGGCCGAGGCACGGCGGCUCCAACGCGCCGCGCUGUUGCAAGCGCGCGGCGGGCCUAACUCCAUGGAGAAGCGAUUCCUGCGCUUUAUAUCGGCGGGAACCUUCCUGGAUUCUGCCACCCUGAGCUCCGUCGCGCCCAUCCUCCCGGGCUACGCGCGUCGCUUCGGCCUGACACAGCACGCCGUGACGCUGCUCCUCGCGGCGCGCAACGUCACGUCCGUGCUCGCGUCGCUCCCCAUAGGCGUGCUCCUUCUCUUAAUCUCCGUCCCCACCAUCUUCGCCGCGACCUUCUCUCUCUCCACCCUAGCCUCUCUCUCCCUCGCGUUUCCGAUCGCGGGGGCAGGCUCACUCGCAGCUGCCCUGGUGCUUCAGGGUGUCGCCACCCAAUCCGUGCGCAGCGUUGGACUUUUUUUCGCUGCCCGGGUUUGCGGGUCAGGCGCGUCAUUGGACGAGGUGGUGGACCAGCUCGCGCAGAAGGGCAGCGAGGGGCUGCACAAACUUUUGGGCUCGGGCAGGCUGUGGACUGCCCGGGGCAGGACGUCGUUAAGCUCGGCCGGAGCAGCAGGAGGAGGUUCGGCAUCCGAAGGUCUGUUCGUGGUUCGGAGCGGCGACCAGGUGUUCCGAUCCGCAGCAGCAGACUACUCCCUCACAGGCACCCACUUCCCCACCGCCUUUGCCGACGGCAUGGACGGCACCCCCUCUGGAUCCUCCUCCGCAGCUUCCUCUGCGGAGGCGUCUCUCCUAAUCGGUGUCAUAGGCUCGUUGCUGGGGUGGGCGUCGCUGGGGACGCUCAUUGGGCCGCUGUUUGGCUCGUUUGCCUACCAGUACCUGUCUCCCUGGAUCGCGUAUCUGGGGGGCAAUGGGCAGGUGACGGUAAAUUUCGAGGCGCUAGGGGUAGAGCCGCCACCAGAACCUUCCGACCUGCCCGACUCGUUCUUUUCGUCGUUUGCGUCUCGCCAGGAUGACACUUCAGCUCCGACUAGUGCUGCUGUGGUUUCAGGCGCUGUUGAGGAAGCAGGCGCUGCCGGCACUGAAGCAGAAGCAGAUGCGGAGUGGCACGAGGUGCCCCUGUCAGGAGACACCACCAUUCCCGCUGCUGCUUCAGCCCUGAGCCAUGACCCGCACUCACAUGAUGAAAGGCUUUGGGGAGGAGCUGGGCAGGUGACGGCACCAGUGGCAGCACCAGCAGAGGCACAAGACGCAGUGCCAGCGGGGAUGAGUGUGGGAGGUGCAGCAGCUGGUGCAGCGGCAGAGCCUGCUGACAUGAUCGAGCAGGCUUUCAAUCUUGCCGUGCAAACGCUCUCCUUUGGAGCCCUUGAGGCCACCCUCCCGUUCUUCCUAGCGGACACAUGCGACGCCGGACCCGCUUCUGUCGGGCUGGCGUUUGCGCUCAACGGAUUGGCAUACUCGUUUGUAGCAUAUGUGUCUGCGCACGCGCAUGCGACUGCGCAUCUGCACGUGCAGGCCCGCUUACACGCCCAUGCGCGGGCGGCGCUCUCGUCGUUUUCGGCGUUUUUUACGUUUCUUGUCGCGCUGGCUUCGUCCGUGCUGCUCUAUGUGAGGAGUUUGUCGCCAGGAGCGACGAAUUCAGUCGGAAUGACGAUUCUAGCGUGGACGCUUCCGCUGCUUAUGAUUCAGGAGUUAUCGUGCAGUGCGGCCCGCGUUCCACUGUAUUUAUUAAUGGCGGCGAAUGGUGUUGGUUACGCUCUUACGGAGCUUCCGAGCUUUGCCUCUUUGGUGUCGGCAUUGGAGAGUGAGGAAGACGAGGAGCGGAAUUUGCUUGAUAGUGGGUAUGCGCGGAGCAGCUCAUAUGGGGAACGGACUGGAGGAGAAAAGCAUAUCGAUGUGGCGGUGUUGGUUGCUUUGUAUAAUGGUGCUGACGGCGCGGGGGAUCAUGCGAGGCCGUCGACGGGGCAGAACGUACCGCAGUGGUACUACCAGGACUGGGCUGGCGAGCACGGACCUCGGACGCUCCUCCAACUAACGCAGGCGCUUCAAAAGGGUUAUUUCACCCCCGACCUCCUGGUUCGCAAGGAGGGCACACAGCGGUGGCACACGCUGAGAGACGUGCUCGACCUGCGACAGCUGCUGCGCGCGCGGAAACACGGGCAGGCGGCCCCUGAUGCCUCAGCAACAGCAUCAACAGGGACACCCUCACGCACAGCAGUGUCCUUGGAGGCCGCCACUGCCGCGUCAGCAGCUGCUCUGGCGGGGAUCUCCCCGCGGAGAGACGGGUCCCCUGCUGGCGCCACGUCAGCCGCCGCAUCAGCAGCCGUGCCAGUUGUCAGCCUGAUUCCUGCAGACGACCCCAUCACGAAUCUGUUCAAGACGCCUGGGCAGGAGUGGUUCUACGUGGACAUGCAUGGCGAGGUGCAGGGGCCCUUCAGCUCACAGAAGAUGCAGCGCUGGUGGACCAACCCCCUCUAUAAGGACCACUUCUCCUCGCUAAAGUGCCGCAGAGGGCACCAUGGUGAGUUCCGCCUGCUGCCUGAAAUAGCAGAGGAGGUGGCAGCGAGAGGGCCUCCUCCGGAAUCACCCAAGCAACUUGGGUAUAGAGACCCUGCUAGCGCCAAGAAGGCUCCAAAGAGCGAGCGGUAUGUGCGGUCGGGAUCACGCAAGGAGGAGAGCGACCUGGCCAAGGAGGUGGAGGAGCUGAAGCAGCAGGUGGAGCGACUGGAGGUGGAUAAUGAGGGGCUGCGGAACUCACAGGAGGACACCUUCAUUGUGAGUCCAGUAGGAGAUUUCUUGGAUGUAUCCCCUAGGACUGCCUGCCUUCAUUGCAAGGCUGUGAGGCGUGCUCUUGCCUCUAGGCCUCUCUCUCGUCUCGAGGUGGACUCACAGGAGCAGCAGGUGGAGCGACUGGAGGUGGAUAACGAGGGGCUGCGGAACUCGCAGGAGAACACCUUCAUUGUGAGUCCAACGAGUGUGCUUUUGGCUGUGAGAUUACCUCGUUGUAAGAGCACACUGCUUGUGCACUGGCCUGUCGUGUGUAAGGAGGUGGAGGAGCUGAAGCAGCAGGUGGAGCGACUGGAGGUGGACAAUGAGGGGCUGCGGAACUCACAGGAAGACACCUUCAUUGUGAGUCUGCUGCGUAUGCAAGUGGAGCGUCUGCUGCAAGAAAAAGCAGAGCUGGCAAGAGAAGUCACGAUGCUGAAGCGCGAGAAGGAGUCUCUGCAGGAGCUGCUGCAGUACGCGCAGCAGCUUGACAUUGCAGAUGAGGGCGUCGCUGAUGAGCUGAUCGCCGACGCAUCCCCUCCCCCUCUCUUACACCCCGCUCCCCUCAUUGCCCCCUUGUCCCCAACCCCACCCAACCCCCUUUUCCCCUCUCUUCCCGCCUCUCUUCCCCCUCUGCAGCUGCGUAUGCAAGUGGAGCGCCUGCUGCGAGAAAAGGCAGAGCUGGCGAGAGAAGUAACCAUGCUAAAGAGAGAGAAGGAGUCUCUUCAGGAGCUGCUGCAGUACGCGCAGCAGUUUGACAUUGCAGACGAGGGCGUGGCUGAUGAGCUCAUAGCGGGCGAGGAGGGCGAGGGCAUGGGCGGGAACGAGUGGGGGGCGGGCGAGGGGGACCGGGCCACAGAGGAGUGGUUCCAGAUGCUUGAGGCUGCUUCCCAUAAGAAUCCCAACGGCUUAGAGGAGAAUUAG